AUGGGCACAGCUAACUCGACGACUGGCAAGGUCAGAUUUGCUGGCGUAAAUAUUGCUGGAUUUGACUUCGGCUGUGGGACGGACGGUACUUGCAAUACGGCCAAGGUGUAUCCGCCGGUCACAAACAUCCCGCCUUACUACAACAACCCGGAUGGCGCUGGUCAGAUGCAACACUUCUACCGGGACGACAAUCUCAACAUCUUUCGUCUUCCGGUCGGCUGGCAGUAUCUCGUGAACAACAACCUCGGUGGCACAUUAGACUCUAUCAACCUGGGAUACUAUGAUCAGCUCGUCCAGAGUUGCUUGUCCACUGGUGCAUACUGCAUCAUCGACAUCCACAACUAUGCUCGCUGGAACGGUGCAAUCAUUGGCCAGGGCGGCCCAACUGACGAUCAAUUCGUGAGUGUCUGGACACAACUAGCCCAGAAAUACGCAAGUCAGUCAAAGAUCUGGUUCGGGAUAAUGAAUGAACCCCACGAUGUUCCCAGCAUUACCACCUGGGCCGCAACGGUUCAGAAAGUGGUGACUGCCAUCCGCCAAGCUGGCGCCACCAGCCAGUUCAUCUCAUUGCCUGGAAAUGACUGGCAAUCCGCUGCUGCGUUCAUCAGCGACGGCAGUGCCGCGGCGCUCUCGACGGUGAAGAAUCCCGAUGGGUCGACCACGAACCUAAUAUUCGACGUGCACAAGUACCUUGACUCUGACAACUCGGGAACGCAUACCGAGUGCGUCACGAACAACAUCGACUCUGCCUUUGCGCCGCUGGCCACUUGGCUCCGCCAGAACAACCGCCAGGCUAUCCUGACCGAGACGGGAGGCGGCAACACCGCUUCCUGUGAGCAGUAUCUUUGCCAACAAUUCAAUUACUUAACUCAAAACUCGGAUGUGUAUCUGGGGUACGUUGGCUGGAGUGCUGGAUCUUUCGAUUCGACCUACGAGCUGUACUUGACUCCAAGUGGGAGCGGGAACUCGUGGACCGACACUCCCCUCGCGAAGGCCUGCCUCGCUCGUUAG